AUGCCCUUGCCCAGGCGCCGGUCGUCCUUCUUGGGGCAGCAGCCCUCUUCCUCCGUGGCCGAGAGCUCGGGGCCGCCCGGCCGCCGGGUGAGCGUCGGGGGUGGAGUGAGCCUGUCGAGACCCCCCGGCGUCUACGUGGGCACCGUCCCCACCGGCGGCGUGAGCAGCUUGGGCACCCGAGUGUCCCGCAGAGCCCUGGGCAUCAGCAGCGUCUUCCUCCAGGGUCUGCGCAGCUCCUCUGCCGCCGUGCCCCUGGCCCCGGGGUUGGAGAAGGGCAGGGGUCUCUCCUACGAGAGCCUGAACGGCUGCUUGGUGGAGUACAUCGAGAAGGUGCGAGCUCUUGAGCAGGUCAACCAGGAGCUGGAAGAGCACAUCAGAGUCUACCUGGACAAGAAAGCCGCCAGCGUGGGCAGCUGGGGAGCGCUGCGGGAGAACUGGGAGGCAAUUUACCAUCAGGUGGGUGAAGCAGUCCUUGAAAAUGCUCGUCUUAUGCUGCACACCGAGAACAUUCAAGCCUGUGCUGAAGAUUUUAAAGACAGGUAUGAAAAUGAGCAGCCAUUCAGAAAAGCAGUGGAAGAUGAAAUUAAUUCCCUAUAUAAAGUGAUUGAUGAUGCUAAUUUAACUAAAAUGGAUCUGGAGAGUCAGAUAGAGAGCAUGAAAGAAGAACUAACUUUGCUGUCAAAGAAUCAUGAAGAAGAUGUGAAGGUAUUAUACAAGCAGCUUGCUGGAUCUCAGCUGGAAGAACUUGAUGUUCCCCUGGGAGGUGGCCUGGAUGACAUACUGGAAAAAAUCAGAAUCCACUGGGAGAGAGACAUCGAAAAGAAUCGUGCUGAGACAGGUGCCCUGCUCCGUACCAAGCAACAGGCUGAAACGAUAGCUGCCGUGCGAACCCAGGAGGAAGAGCUGGUGGAGGGCCUCAGAACCGAGUUCCAUGAAACUGCCUGCAAAAUACAGAGCUUGCAAGCAGAAACCGAAUCUCUGAGAACUUUGAAGAGGGGUCUGGAGAACUCUUUAUACGACGCCAAGCACUGGCACGACAUCGAACUGCAGAACCUAGGCUCUGUCAUUUCCAAGCUGGAGGCAGAGAUGGGAGAAAUCAAAGUAGAAACCGAGCAGCAGCAGCGCGAUCGUGAAAACCUGCUGACCAGCAAACAACAGCUGGAGAAAGACAUUGCUGCAUAUCACUGCCUUCUGGACGGAGAACAAAGCAGUAUUUUUCAUGAUAGCUGA